AUGGAUAGUGAAAACUCGUUCGCCUCUCUGCUCGAAGAUUCUUUCUCCGGCGACGAAAAGGUUGACGGCUCUGAGGACUAUUCGACGAAGAUAAAAGAUGCUUUGGAAAGUUUAUGCCAGAGGUUCGACGCAGAAUUCUUGCAGCGGGCUUUGCAAGAAUGCUUGUAUUCUUGUCCAGACAAGUCACUGGACGAGAAAAUCUUCAGGGAAACGCUUCCUACCGCGUAUCACCAUCUGUCCAAGGCUCUAAAAGAAAUUGGCGAAAUGACAAAUGCUGACGAAGAUGCUUUGGACAAUGUAAAGCGACAAUUAGUUCUUUGUCACGAGUUAUUAACUGCGUGGGAGAAGUCGAUAGAACGAGCGUCGAAACUUAACAAAACAUCUGCGGCCAAUUUGAAAUUUUUGUUCGAGAACACGCUUGAUAUGGUUAAAUCGAUUUUCGAACACUGUCGAGCAAGCACGAGAUUGUACGGGACUUUGUUCGAGGGCGUAUCGGAAAAAUUAAGGAAUCUCUUUCGCAAGGCGAAGACGAUCUUGAAUCUAUUUCUGGCCACUUUGGAGAAUGUAAUCGAUUUCGACACGGAUACGGACACGGAAACGGAGCUGUUAGUGAAUGUGAUUGAUACCAUCGGAUCUUUGGUGGCCAUCACCGACGAAUUGGAUCUGAAGACGUUCGUUGAAACGUCCAGAAUGUUCGGCAAAUUAGCGAUUACACAUCAGGACAUUGUAAAACGAGCGAAAUCGACGUGCGUCACCGUGCAUCUAGAACAAGUGACGAAAAAUGUGACGUCUAUGCUUUUGUCACUCCAGGACGCCCUUGACAGAGCGGACGAAAGAAAAAUAAGAGUAAUCGGUCAUUCAUUAAAAAUUUUGGACAGAUUAUUCGCAGCCUAUUGUCCUUGCAUAAGCAACGAAACCCUUCCAGUUGUGAUCGAACUUUUCUUACAAAUGCAUAGGUGUAAUCCUUCGUGUUUGAAAAAAUCAAAGAUCAGCGAUAAAGUAAUCGAAUUAAUAAACGCUCACAUUUCGAGAGGGUCUGAAUCGUUUUUGAAUACCAUUUUAAAAAACUCUGGUUUCAAACAGGCAUUCUUCGAAUAUGGGACUCAAACGAUCUUUGAUAACUUCGGUUAUCACUUGCUAACAAUCAGUAUUAUAAAACAAUUAGUGAAUGUUCCGUUUGAAGAGCAAUGUAAGUGGGCACUGGGCGCAGAGUCAAUUAUCGAUAUCGCGUUAACAAGCAUUAACAACAUACAAGAAGAAAUUUGCACGGGGAAAGUAAAAUUACCAGGUGGCCAUGACAUAGGAGAAAGGCCACGAUUGGCCACAUUGUACGAAGCCACACUGGUACCAAUUUGUGGCUUGAUUAGUCAUAUUCCUGCGGAUGGAUUUUUCGCCGUCGAGUGGAUCUUAUUGAAACAUUUGUUCAGUAAUCAACUUUGGGGUGCUCUUCUCAGUUCGGACAUUUGGUGUUUUGUAGGACGAAUAGGUUCUUCGGAGCUUUGCGUUAGCCACGUGAAAUAUUUAUUGAAAGUUUACGCCGUUUUAAUGAACCGGCACAGCAGUCUCGAAGUUGUUAUUCUAGAGAGCUUAAUAGGAAGGCUGUACAGCUUGCUUUCCGAUGAGACAAAGCACUUCCUUAUAACGGAGCUCGACGAUCUCGAGAAUCCAUCAUGGACUCCUGUCGCGCGGUUUUUGCCAUCAAAAACGAAAUCGUUGCUCGAAAAACGCUUGGCUUGUAUAUUGAAUGAGAUCCCCAAAACUUUUGUGGAACUGCAACGACAACCGACCGUGCAAAAUUGGAAUCGUAUUACAAUGCUCAUGUGCUUAAUUGGAAAGCUUAAUUACACGGGUGAAAAAGAUACAGUGGAUGUCCUUUCGCAAAUAUGGAACUCUGUCGCGAGCACAAUUGAGAUUUUCGAGGGCAAACAAUUAGAUAUACUUGCGGAAUUCACGUGGAAAUUGUUCAGCGCUACACAGCCUGAAAAAAUUCAAGAUGAUACUUUCUAUACGGUACUGGAGGCAAUGUUGACGUCGCUUUUGUGUUUUCCGUCGCACGUCAAGGUGAUUGCAUCCCAUUAUUUACGGAACAACAUCGGUUCCUUCGAUAUUUGCGGCGUCAGGACCGCGAACGCCCUGUCGGAGUUAAAUUGCCGGCUUUUGGAGGAUGAAAAUCCAUGGGUGCGACAGGAAGCACUCGAGUCAUUCGAUCACGUCGCUCACAUGUGUCCAAACGAGGAUCUCGUUACCAAAAUGGCCGCUGCGAUCACGAAGAAACCGUCGCUGAGCGACUCUCUGCCGGCGUAUUUGUCAGGCACGCCUUAUUACGAGCUUCGUGACUUUUCAGACGCGCAGCUUUAUCUGCAACACGUCGCCAGAAUUUCGAAAAAUGUCGGCCACGUUUGCUAUCACUACGAAGAAUCGCAAAGGGACGAGAAAUUCGCUCGAUUAGAAAUCAAACUGAGUGGAAGCUCGACCGAUGGUCAAUCCACGAAUGAUCUUGACGAGCACGUGAAUAAAAUAUGCGACGAACUAAAUGACACUCUGAAGAGAAUCGGUAACAUCGGUGAUGGUGCAUUACGACGAUUGCGACUGGUUUGCGCGAAGAUCUUGGAUACAACUGAAUCGUCGAAAUAA